UCCAUUCAUAAAUAAGUCAUGUCGAGGAGGAACCGAUGUAACAAGUAUUGAUAGAUUUCGCUCGCGACGCGCCCGCAACAACAUUUCCGAGCGCACAGCGAGACGCGAGAGACUCCGACGGAUGAUAUUUCUUCUCUUGACAGCCACCGAAGGAGAUGCCUGUCGAUACGCGGACUGAAACGAGAUUGACUUCCGACUGGUGACCCCUUUCUCAAACUGUAAUGACAUGAGCGCUCCAGCAGGAAGCUCAAAUCAUUUUGUGUUUGGAAACAUUGUAGCGCGUCCGCCGAGACUUCUGUGUGUCCGACUGAGGGAAUAAUGCGGAGCGUUCAUGAAGCAGCCUUUACGGUAGAUACUGUAGCGAUGUUUUAAAUGUGUGUCGUGUCCGUUCGGUUGGACGCAUCAGAAGUGAGCAAACCGCUGUUCUCGAGCCCAAUGGAAAGCUGAACCAUGGCAGCGAAAGAAGACCUCUAUGCCAAAGUCGCUCCACGGAUGCAGAGGCAGAACCGGCCAGGAACUGUCAAACAUGGAAACAGCCUGGAUGUUUUGCUGUCAAUGGGCUUCCCAAAAACCAGGGCGCUAAAAGCUCUGGUUUCGACUGGGGGAAGAAAUGUACAAGCAGCCUGUGACUGGUUGUUCUCCCAUGUGGACGAUCCAUUUCUGGAUGAUCCUCUACCCAGGGAGUAUGUGCUGUACCUGAAGCCCAGCGGUCCUCUCCUCAACCAGCUCUCCAACUUCUGGCAGCAGAGCCGCAUCACAUGCGGCAAGAACAAAGCCCACAACAUCUUCCCUCACAUUACCCUCUGCCAGUUCUUCAUGUGUGCAGAUGGUAAGGUGGAUGCUCUGGGUGAAGCUCUGCAGGCUGUGGUGGGCAACUGGAAGGGCCGUUUCCCCUCUCCGCUCCCUCUGGAGUUCUACUCAUCCUCAAACUUCAUCGGCCUCUUUGUGGAAGAAAAGGUGGCUGAGGUGAUCAAGAGCUUCGCGGCAGACUUUGCCACUGAAGCAGCUUCCAAAGCAGAUGUUCACGUGGAGCCCCAUAAGAAGCAGCUCCACGUAACCCUGGCCUACCACUUCCAAUCCAAUCAUCUUGCAUCUUUAGAAAAACUUGCCAAAGGUGUAGACAUAACUCUGGGCUGUGACUGGCAGACUGUGCUCCUCUCACGGGACAUCCGAUUCGCCAAUCAUGAGACCCUGCGGGUGAUGUACCCCUAUGUGCCUCAGAAUGAUGAUGAACUGGAGCUGGUGCCCGGUGACUUCAUCUUCAUGUCGUCUAUAGAGCAGACCACUGCCAGCGAAGGCUGGGUCUACGGGACCUCUAUGAGCACAGGGUUAUCUGGGCUACUGCCAGAGAACUACGUCAAUAGGGCAGAUGAGUGUGACACUUGGGUAUCUCAUGGGUCAUUCUCUUUCCUUAAUGGAACCCCCCCAACCAAUAUUAGGGGUGCAAUGGGUGGGAUUUUUCUUGACUCACACUUGGACGGUCGUCUUUUUGAUGAUCCCAUGCCGCUGGAUUCCCCCAAUCUUAGUGUGAUAUGUCAGCCUAUGCAGAUGCUGCGCCCCAAUCAGUCUCUGUUGCCUAAGAGGACUCUGUUUGUGUGUCGUCAUGGUGAGAGAAUGGACGUAGUGUUUGGGAAACAUUGGAUCACUCAGUGCUUUGAUGCCAAAGGUCGAUAUGUGCGGUCAAACCUCAAUAUGCCUCUGAGUCUCCCAGCAAGGAGUGGUGGGUAUAGGGACUAUGAUAAAGACUGUCCUAUCACUGUGUUUGGAUCCACGCAGGCUCGCCUAGUCGGUGAGGCUCUUUUUGAAAGCCACACAGUGGUGGACUUUGUAUACUGUUCUCCAUCUCUGCGCUGUGUGCAAACAGCACAUAAUAUCCUCAGAGGUCUUCAGAAGGAUGGCAAGACUAAGAUCAGAGUUGAGCCAGGUUUGUUUGAGUGGACUAAAUGGGUGUCGGGAACCUCAUUACCUGCCUGGAUCCCUCCUACAGAUCUGGCAGCUGCUAACCUUAGUGUGGAUACAACAUACAGACCUCAUAUACCCAUCAGUAAACUGACUGUGUCUGAAUCCUAUGAAACUUACAUCAGUCGCAGCUUCCAAGUGACUCGUGAAAUACUGUCGGAGUGCAAUAAUCUGGGAAAUACAGUGCUGAUUGUGGCCCAUGCUUCCUCUCUGGAGGCUUGUACAAGGCAGAUACAGGGACUGACCCCACAAAACUCUAAAGACUUUGUGCAAGUGGUCAGAAAGAUCCCUUAUUUAGGCUUUUGUGCUUGUGAGGAGAUGGGCGAGACGGGCGUUUGGCAGCUGGUGGAUCCACCCAUUCUGCCGCUCACCCACGGACCCAACCACAGCUUUAACUGGAGAGAGGCACUGCUGCAGGACUGAGAGCCUCCGCAAAAUCACCUUCACCGCUCUUCCUCCAAAGGCAACAGAGACAUGCUUACAGUCACGGCAUCACAGUCCUGCAUUACAGACCUACACAGGCUCACGCUUCCAUAGCCACGUUCUUUGCACAGUAACACUCGCCAUAGAUGUUCAUAAUGUGCUCAAAUGGCAUUUGCCGGCCUACGAAACAAGCUGCAGCAGAACUCCAACUCGCUUCCAACUGUAGCUAACUAAAAAUCGGAGAGCUUCAGAGAUGUACGUCAUUCGCAGGACGUAACACGCGCUGAUAAACUCAGGUUUCCUGCCUUAGCGAGGAGGAAAUGGUGUGCAAAAGUUAUCAAGUCAACAUCCAACACUUCCAAAAAUGGAUGCCGCUGGACUUUGUAAACUCCAUUUAUAGGGGACUCGAUAGGGGACUAGACUUUUUUUUCUCUCUGUUACACUGUGAAUCAAGUAGACAUGCACAAGCCCUCACGUCAAGAUUUAAACCUGUUACAAGCCCCACAUAGCAACCUCCUGAAAGCACAAGAAUCUAAAUCUGGCAAUCAGAUAGACUGAGAGGAAGCAGCUUUUAAAGUAGUUUAGAAAUGGAUUUGGUGGACAGCACAUUCGUCCCGUGCCUUGCUGUCAUACUGCUACUGUUAAACACUUUGCAACUAUAGGACACUUUGGGAGGACUGUUAGUUAGGGCUUAAUCGGAGACAGUAUUUACAGAAACUUAUUUUUUUUUGCAUGUGGGGUCAGUUUUGCCAAACGAAAAGCUGAUAAACCCAGCGUCAUCCAAGUUUUAAAAAGGCAAAUGAUUAAGACUUGUUAAGCAUCAGCAGCUUAAAGUAUGUGCGGCUGCUCCAGAGCGCAUUUGCCGAAAAGCUAAUGCAAGCUUUACUUUCUGAGCACUUGAAAAACCGAACCAAACAGGAAAGAAUGCUUCAACAAUGUAAAGAAUUGUACAUUAACGCAUAACGUGUCUGUAUAUACUAAGUAACUAUAGUAAAAUCCAUUUGGUGUGUUUCACCUUUAAAUGGAGGAAAAUAAUUGCAUUUAUUUAUGUAUUCAUAAGAUAGUUGUAAAGAGAAUAUGUUGGUGCUUCAGUUUUUUUUUUGUUAUUUCCUGUUAUCUGAAUAGAGAACUCAAGCCAUAGCAAAUGCUGAUGAUGAUAAAUCACUAUAAUGCAGUGUUCCUCUCCACUCCAAGCAAUUGCAUAAGCAUAUCUGUUACACUUACUGUAAUUUGCCAUCUGUGUUCCCUGGAUUUCUUUACACUUUUAGCCCAUGCUUUGAUAUUUUAGUGAUGAUAUGAAGGCGGCAUGCACCGUUAGAUAUGCAUAGUUGCACAAAGCAAGAGUUUAAUGGGAUUUUUUUAGGGGAAUUCUAGUGCAUUAACUUAAAGGUAAAUGUAGAUGUUGUGCUUGAUCAAAUGUGCCAAUGAUGUUCGACCUUUUAUGAAUUUGUCAAUUUUAUUUAAUUUUUAUUUAAAUGUUUCAUUGUCAUUUUUAUUUUUGCAUAGAUUGUUGGAAUAUUGGACCUAUGAAAGAGACAAUUCACCCAAAAUGCCUUUCUGCAGCCUGUAUUGCAUUUAUUUCUUCUGUGGCAAGCAAAAUGGAAUUUUUCAAUUAUAUAAAGAACGGCAGUAAAUUACAGACAUUUCCCAUAAAAUAACGGCUGUUAAAUUACAGACAUUUCCCAUAAAAUAACGGCUGUUAAAUUACAGACAUUUCCCAUAAAAUAACGGCUGUUAAAUUACAGACAUUUACCGUAAAAUAACGGCAGUUAAAUUACAGACAUUUACCGUAAAAUAACGGCAGUUAAAAUACAGACAUUUACCAUAAAAUAACGGCUGUUAAAUUACAGACAUUUACCAUAAAAUAACGGCAGUUAAAUUACAGACAUUUACCGUAAAAUAACGGCAGUUAAAUUACAGACAUUUACCGUAAAAUAACGGCAGUUAAAUACAGACAUUUACCGUAAAAUAACGGCUGUUAAAUUACAGACAUUUACCAUAAAAUAACGGCAGUUAAAUUACAGACAUUUACCGUAAAAUAACGGCAGUUAAAUUACAGACAUUUACCGUAAAAUAACGGCAGUUAAAUUAAAGACAUUUACCGUAAAAUAACGGCUGAAAUUACAGACAUUUACCAUAAAAUAACGGCAGUUAAAUUACAGACAUUUACCAUAAAAUAACGGCCGUUAAAUUAAAGACAUUUACUGUAAAAUAACGGCCGUUAAAUUACAGACAUUUACCAUAAAAUAACGGCAGUUAAAUUACAGACAUUUACCGUAAAAUAACAGCAGUUAAAUUACAGACAUUUACCAUAAAAUAACGGCAGUUAAAUUACAGACAUUUACUGUAAAAUAACAGCCGUAAAUUACAGACAUUUAUCAUAAAAUAACAGCCGUAAAUUACAGACAUUUUUUACCUACAACUAUGGCCGUUAAAUUACAGACAUUUACCGUAAAAUUAUGGUCGUUAAAUUACAGACACUUGGAUUUAAAUUUCUAGUAAAUUUCUGUAAUUUACCAUUCUUAUUUUAUGGUAAAUGUCUGUAAUUUAACAGCCGUUAUUUUACAGUAAAUGUUUGUAAUUUAUCAGCCGUUAUUUUAUUUUUUUUCCCAGUUCCCCAGCUUCUGGAAAAAAACUGUAAAAUAAUGAUUUUUUUUUUACAAUGCAUAUUUACUGCACUACAAACAUAACUUAGCAAAUGUAUAGGAAACCUCCUGAUGAGAACAAAUGAAAGCAGCAGAAACACUAGAUCAAAAAGUGCCAUGGGUUUAUACAGUCCAAUAUAUUCGUAAUGAAUAUUCAUUUAUACUUGCUUUGAGGAGGCCAUGCAUCUUUUUCUGUACAUUUGUGUUAUAAACCAAUUUUGUAAAUAUUUGAGCGACAGCUGUUGAUUUAGGGUAUCCACAAGGUCAAAAAAAGUCUUAAUGUAUUCGAAGCUAAAUUUUAGGCCUUAAAACGUCUUAAAUCUACUGAAAUGUUGUGUAGUAGGUCUUAAAGCUUUUGUUAACAGGUCUUAAUUUUCCUUUGUUCAUGUAUAACUACCCAAUCUGACCAUUAACACUCACACAGUCACCAACAGUCCCCAUCUUAAUAAAACUUUUUAUUUAAGAAUAGCGUUUAAUUACUUUCCUUACAGUAACAUUUGCUUAAAAGUUCUGUUUAUUUACUGCUGAGGAUAC